CGCGUAGGUUCUAUACUAUUCCCUCUGGCCUCUCCGUUCAGAGACUUCGUUUGUCUCUUGUGCAUGGGACAGCAUCCCCAGCAACCCAGAGAUGUGGAACAUGGACAGCGUCAAAACGGCGGUCAUCCAGCUGCUCAAGGAGAUGUCCCAGUCCAAGCUGGCCAAGAUCUGCCCCCUCAAACAGUCACUACUUUCAACGAUUGUGAACAACAAGUUCAGCGGGAAACUGGGCGCGGAGAAGUGCAAGGAGUUUGGACGCUGGUUCAUGGAGUACAGGCAGUCGUCGCCGGCCACGGCGUCCACGUUCCUGGACGAAGACAAGCCUCCCCAGGAUUGCCGCAUGACCUUCCACUCUGGCACGGAGCUGCCGCGCAUGCGUGAGUGGUACCGACAGUGCCCGCACCCGACCAACCUGCAGCUUCAGGACUUCGUCAAUCAGCUAAAUGCGGGAGCUCUGCGCAUACGUAACAAACCACCGGUGACACCGAGCAGCCUCAAGAACUGGUGGAAGAACGAGCGUCAACGGGAGCGACGCCUCAAGCGCCACGCGUCGAUCGACGAGCCGGGCUCCCCGCCAUGCCCGGUCCCCACCAAAACGGUGGCCCAGCGGCCAGCAUCGUCCCAGAGCGGCGACGGUGACAGUGCCACCAACCACGAACCUCCGUCCCGCACUGGGCAACCCAACCAGCCCCACCCCUUGCCCGUCCUCCUCCAGCCCCACGUCCUGCCGACGUCGGGCCCACGUCCCACACUUCCCUACGCCUGCCUGGCCCACUACCAAGACGACGCCAGAGGCAGAGAACACCCCUCGAUAGUGCCGUAUCACCACCACCACCACCACUGCCUGCACCACCACACAAACAACGGUGCCGGCUGUUCGCCGGCGUGCUCCACUUCGUCGGAGGCCGGCGAGCUAGUGGUCCUGACGUCGCCCAUGUCGCAUUCAUGACGCUACCUCGUCAACGUCGGAGGCCGCCAUUUCCUGCCGACCCCCAAGGCGGGUUUUCCAUGCAGCAGACGACUACCUUCGCCGUGCAGGUCGCCGUCCCCGACGAGUAACCACGCCUCGGCUUCUUCGACGCCGCCCUCGGCGGCCGGGUCGAGGUUAUAGGGUUUGCCUCGUCCUUCGAGGACAGUGUCAUAGUCAUUGACUGAAUGAGAACAGCAGGAAGAAGCUUCAGUUGCCCUGCCUCCGGCACGAGCUCAACGAUUUUGACAUCUUGUGUUCUUCGAGUGCGCACGUGCAGUCAAAGCGCAAUGAAAGGCAACGAGCACGCGCUGGAGGCCGGGCAUUCGAAGAAGACGCUCUGCUGUUUUCACCUUGCCAGUGACUAUGCAGAGAAAAACUGAAGGAGAGGAGGAGACGAGAGCGUGCGGCGAUGGCGGAGAGUUGAGCUCCGAUUGGAAGGAUUAGAGGGUAGACGCAGAGAGCUUGCCCUGUUUCUACCCACCGUUUCCCUCCAUUCAGAGCGAGGAAGAGCAUCGUCUGCUCCACAUGCAGGGUCACGUUCAAACGUCAGACCCUGCACGAGAAGCAGAUGAUGCUCUUGUUCGCUCCGAUUGGAGGGAGGCAUUAGGUAGAGAAAGGACAGCUAGCCUUUGUAUCUAACCACCAAUCCUUUCAAUCGGAGCUCGACGUUCUGACGUCACCGCAUGCUCCCAUCCCUGUAUAGGUGGACACAGGCGGUUGUCUAUGUGUUUGAUUUGUAGCUUUUGUAUGGCCAAAUUUGUUGUCAAACCCCCCCCCCCUUGGAAGAGGAGUGAACCUCCAGAGGCGUUGACGAGGACCCUUCAAAGUGUAUGUGGACGAGCCGGGACUAUAAGUAGUGCCAAAAAGUGUGAGGAUUUAUAAGUCUUGAGCAUGCAGAGACAACUGUGAAAGACUGUGAACCAGGAACCAUGCAUGUGUUGUCUUGUAGAGUUUUCAAAGGUUGACAAGAAUGCAGUGAUGACGACCGUAGAGAAAAGUGCCGAAAGGCUCGUCGGUGGUGCCUCAAUGUGCGAGUCUCGUUGCGCUCCAGUGUCUCGGAGUGUAGCGGCACAAAAUGAACACCCUUGUGUUAGCCAAAGAGAUGCACAUCUUGACAGAUUGUGAUGAACCUGCAAGCGUGGGACUAAAUGCAUGUCCACAAUGCCCGAGACAGUGACCAAAACAUACUUAUUUCUCGCUGUCUGCAAAUAGCGUGUUCAGCGGUAAUAGAUGCACAACUCUUCCACGAAAUGG